AUUUGAAUACAUUUGUUGUAUAAAAAUUUUUCAUCUUUUUAUUAAAUGAUUAUUCCGACUCAUAUCUUCUAACCUAUAGAUAUCGCAAUUGAAAAUACAGCUAAUACAAUACUGUAUAAUAAAAUGGACAUGAGCAAAUAAAGGUUAUAAAUUUGUGAAAUUGAUACAUAACAAAUAUUUACAUUGUUCAACAUACACGAUAGUGUAGUUUUAUACAAAAUGACUGUCAAAAACUAUUUCAAUAUUACUUAUUUGGACAAUGUUCACUCGAAAUUAUAUUAUAAAAAAUAAUUGAAUAAAAAGGUUAGUGUUAAGUACCUACGGCGCAUGCUUUAAUGGAAUCAGCUGUUUUCGUUAUAUGCAAAAAGAUUUUUAACGUAAAGUGUCUUUUUUUUUUCUUCAAAAUUGCACUAUUUGUUACAAAAUAUUUUGCACAAAAUGAUUGAUACUACAGCACGAUGCGGGACGUGUUACGAAUCUAUAGACAAUUCAACUAUUUCUAUGUCAAAACCAUCCUAAUUUGACCACGUCAGAUUUUUGGUGUAUAGUAACUGUAGUAGUAGUGAUAGUAGUGACGAUUGUAAAAGGGUUUAUAAAGAUGGUGGUAGUAACGAUAGUGGUAGUAACAGCAGUAGCGAUGAUUGUAAAGUGGUGAAGUGAUAUGUUUGUACAUUUAUAAAAAUACUUAUUGACAAUUCAAUAUUUUAAAAAGUAAUGUGAGCAUUUAAAAAGAUGAAGAUUUGUAUAACCUGUGUGUAUUGGACAUUACUUUUUAUAUCAAUUGCAUCUAGUGCACUUCUGUUCAUCAUAGUUGCUUCUGAAAAUGCACAAAGCAAUUAUCAUUCAUCUCUUAGAAUGAAUGAAACUUCUGAGACUGAUGAUAACGAUACGUUAAAUAAUAUGGAAAUUAGUGAUUUAGAUACUUCCACUAUAACAAUUAAUGAACUACAUGAUUUACACAAAUUUGAAACUAAUUAUAAAGAUCAUUAUUAUCAAGAAAAAUAUAUCGAGGAUUCAAUUGAUUUUGAAACAGUCAUAAAUGGUAAAGCAGAAAGAGAAGAGAAUCCUUAUAAAAAUCCAGAUAUUGUAGCAGAAAGUCUUACUCAACAACCUAAUUUAUCUCAGGGAAUUUCUGAAAAUGAGGAAGUUUUAACUUUGAUAAAUACAACUGUACAAGGAGAAUUUCAGAGUUUAACAGAAUCAAAGCUUAAUUCUGAAUUUCCAAAAUCCAGAUUAUUUUCAAAGAAAUCAUCUCUAUUGAAAAAUAAUGCAAAAAAGAGACAAGAAGAAAUGUUAUCCAACAUACAAACACCAUCAUCAACUAUUACCGAUGAAAUUACUGAAAGAUCUAACGAAACAACUAAUCUCGAGGAAGAAUCUUUAUUAUUAACAAAUUCAAUUGGAGAAGAAGAAACACCCGAGGUAGUGGUAGUAGUAAGAGCUGAACAAACUUCUAUCAGUACCGAUGAACUAGAGUUGAAACUUGAAGAUAAUAAAAUUGUCAAAGUACUCCCUGACGAGAUAAUUAAAGUUGAUGGAACAUUUGCAACAACCCCAGAAUUAAGCGAUACCGAUGCUAAAGCUAGAUUAGUGGGAGAUAAUCGAGACGACACUGCCGCAGUUGUUCUUGGCGAAGGAAUCGUAACUGUAGGAUCUUCAAAUCCACACGAAGAUAUUCCAUCUUUCACACAUCCAAAUGCUUCUGUGCAGAAUUCUGGAACACCAACACGAGGAAUUGGCGGAAUGAAAGUUCGUUCUAAAAAUUAUGCUUCUCCGGAUUGUGGUGCAAAGAUCGUAGCAGCAAAUCCAGAAGCGCGAAGUGUUGGAAGCGUUUUAGUUUCCACUAGAGACGAAUAUAUGCUCAAUACAUGUACGUCACGUAUAUGGUUCGUAGUAGAACUUUGCGAGGCGAUUCAAGCUAAGAAAAUCGAAUUAGCCAAUUUCGAGCUUUUUAGUUCUUCACCAAAGGAUUUUUUAGUGUAUAUUAGCGAUCGUUUUCCUACGAGAGAUUGGAGCCCAGUUGGUCAGUUUACCGCAAAACACGUAAAGGAUAUUCAAAGUUUCGUUCUACAACCACAUCUUUUUGGAAAAUUCAUAAAAGUAGAACUACAAACUUAUUACGGAUCUGAGCAUUUUUGUCCUAUUUCUUUGUUUCGUGCUUACGGUACCAGUGAAUUUGAGGUUCUUGAGACUGAAACAGAGAAUCAAAUCCCGAGGGAAUCGCAUACAAAUAUAGACGACGACGAAGAUAGCGACGAAGAGGAGGUUUUAGACAUUGAAAAUGGCGAACCACCAAGAAAUUUGUUCGGCAGUGCCAGAGAUGCUGUGUUGAGCAUCAUGAAAAAAGCAGCUGAGGUAUUAGUAAAAUCUAGCGAUUUAACCUAUAAUAAUAUCACAAAAAUUCAGCAAAGUAUAGAUAAUGGUAAUAUUCUUGAAAACUCUUUUGUCAGUUGUACCACACCAAGAUAUACCAUUCUUUGCGAUAGCUGCUCAGAUCAGAAAUUUGCAAAAAUCUUUCAGUUAAUCAGUUGUAGGGAGAAACAACUAGACGAGUUGCUUAAAAUCGAUUUAGUGAACAGAACUUUGAGACAAAAUGGACUAUGUAAAAUUCAUGGUGUAAGAGUCGAAACUUUUGCAAAAAAAGAAACGCAAAAUGAAAAUAUACAAGAUACGGAAAGACACGAUCAAUUUAACGAAAGAUUUAGUUCAAGUAAGAAUUUCCAAUUGACAUUCGUAACAUCUAUACUUAAAUCUGAAUAUAUUGCAGCACUUUGCAAUGUACUAGCGAUAAAAGAACGUAAGAUGGUAAUGAACACGAGUCAUGAAAUACCACCGAAUGAUUUCAAAGAAGUUAUUAAAGAAGAUACAUCACACAAAGAACACAAAGAAGAUUACCACAGUAACGCAAAAUCGUUUCAACAUACAUCAGCUACACGUACUUUGAAUACGAAUGUUGAUACAUCUUCUCGAGAAUUUAAAAAAAGUACUCGGGAACUAUCUAGCGAAGAAACUGACAUAUUCACUAGUACAACAAUUGACAUUUCUUCCAGUUCUAAAAAUAUAGUUUUACAGAUAAAGCCUACCAAAACUUUGGAAAAAGAAGAAAUGAAAAAUGAAACGUUGACACCAAUUUUAGAAAUUGAGGAAACAAUUCCAGCUGAAAUACUAACAACUGUUCCAAUAACUUUAAACGUAGAACGACAUUCAAUUGUAAAAGCCUCCGAAGAGCCAUUUACAAGUUCUAGCAUUUCCAUUGAAAAUUCACCUGAAACAACUGUUUCUACUUCAAUACCUGUUACUGAUAGCAAUGAAUUUUCAAAUGAUAAUAUAACAUCAGACAUGGAACCUUCGGAGUUUAAGAAUGUACCUAAUAAAAUGGAGAAAGUAGAACGUUUGGAUCAAGAAGGAAAACAAGAACCAGCAGAGAUUCUAGAUCAAGAAAUUAAGUUACCGCCUCAAGAUUCUUUAACGUUUGAUAAUUUAUUAUCCGACUUGAAGGAUUUAGAAGGAGAAACAGCUCAUAUUCAAAAUGGUCCUAUUGCAAGUGCUUCGGUAAUUCAAUCAACGACGAAUACUAUGCCACAAAAAGAAUCUGUUUUUCUAAGACUCUCAAAUAGAAUAAAGGCAUUAGAAAGAAAUAUGUCUUUGAGUGGACAGUACUUGGAAGAGUUAAGUCGUCGAUAUAAGAAACAGGUUGAAGAAAUGCAAAGAUCUCUCGAACGCACAGUCUCAGCAAUGAGCGAAGAAACGCGAAAAAGAGACGAACGCGAAUCAAAAAGAGCAGAAGAAAUUGCCGUUUUAAAAGAAACAGUCGUUAAUCUUUCGAACUCGGUGAAAAAUCUUUUGUACGAUCGUGAUAGUUGGCAUGGAAAAAUCUCCAUGAUAGGACAACACAUGUUGUUAAUAUGUUCCGAAGUUUUUGUGAUAUACUUAAUUUUAGCGUAUUGUUGGGCAAAUAACAAUAAAGAAGUCGAAGUAAAAAAGAAACAACAGUCGGACAAAGAUACGACGCGGCGUAAAAGUGCGGAAAACUUUAGUUCACAUAUGAAGACAAAAACAAAAAAACGAAGACCAAGCGAAAUAGCUUCUCACAUUACGGGUACAUAUCGUGACUUGAUGAUUAUUGAUAAAUCUCACGAAACAAAGAAAGAGAAGAAGAGGAAACGUAAAAAACUAACUACUUUAACUACCGAUAAUCAAACAAACGUAACUAACGAUACAGACGCGUGUCCAAUUGUACUGUAUAAAUCUCCGACAAACAUUACGCACGAAAUGCAAAUAUCACCGAAAAUUGCUUCAUCCGUUGAAGUAUUACGUACAUCUGAUUCUCAAAAACAAAUCUGCAAGAGACUUAAAUCUGCUCCAGAAAAUAUGAUUGACUGGCGAGAAAAUGAAGAGAGCAAUAUACAAUUAAGGUUAUCACGUGCCGAAACAGAUUCUAUUAAAAAUUUUCAGCUAAAUAAUUCGUGUAUUGAAAAUUCAAACGAAUCAAAUUUGUUAUCAGCAGAUAUAUUUUCAGAAAGGAACACUUACAGCGAACAAACCAUCAUUGGAUCCGAAGAUCUUUUGAAAUCUAAAAAUAUUAGUACGUUAAAGAACACAAGAUUAAGCGUAACACCUUCAUUUAUGAAAACUGCUUUAAGUACGAGAAAAAAAAGAAAAGCUUAUUCGAACGAUGCGAAUGGAGAAUGGAGUAAGAAUUUAAGCGAUCCUGACAACAAGACUGUAGGUUCUAUUCCUUCAAAAUUAUCUCCAGAAGAAACUUAUACCGAUGGUGAUACGGCUGCUAACGGUCUGCUAAUGGAUCAGAGCGAUGAAUCUAGAAGUAGUAGCAUAACAUCAAUGUCAAAAAAAAAGGAGAAAAAAAACACUGGUUUUAGGAAAAUGACUUGUAAAAUUUUAUUGACCGAUCGUAAACUAUCUCCAGAAACUUUAUAUGCCGACAGUUCUAUACGUCUAUACAUACAUCGUAGAAUGUUAAAUCAUUGUGGUUCGUACGAAAUGUCCUAUCGGUAGAUGUAAAUAUAAUUACUAGAUAAAAUAUCUCUUGCAUAAAACUAUUUCUAAAAUUAAAUUACUUAAUUGUAAUACAUUAGACUGAUUUGUGUAUUAUUUUAAUUUUUAUUAUUAUAACUUUAUAUUAUUUAAUAUCAUUGUUUUAGAUUUUGGAUAUUUAUGUAA